ACUUGAGUGGUGUUUUACUUCGGACAACUCUAAGUGACGGGAUAUGUCGAAUGGGCUCCGCACAUGGAAAUUAAGGGCAAAAAAUACGAACACUUAUACUGGUAUUGCUAGGACAUUUCUGAGUCCACAAAGUUAUAGUCGAGGAUGUUGGAGGCAUUACGUAUAAUAGAAACAGAUGCAAAUUUUGUGUUUAGGUGUGCGACUAGGCAAAUAUUUGGGGAAUGGGUAUACGGAGUGUUUGGCGCAAAGGCUGCAACUGUGUGAGUUUUCUCAAUGUAAGAAAUGCAGAAGAUUGGUUCCUUCAUGAAAACGGUGUGGUUCCAGCGACCUGUUUCCUGUGUUUGGGGGUUAAUGUCAUGCACUGAUUUUUAUUCAGCAUUUCUUUUGGCAAGACUUUAUUAUAAGUCAGCCUUGAUUAGAGCUAGCACAAAGUUACUCACUCAACCAAGACUUUCAAGGCCAUUUUGUUUCAGGAGAAAUUUUAAAAAAGACCCUGCCGCAGCUUUGGAUAGUUCAGUUCCCCCUGUGUCCACAACUGAAAUAAGACAGUAUCUGAAGUCUAAGAAUAUUCCAUUCCAUGAUGGAUAUAGCUGUUUACAUGCCCCUAGUUUUUUUGUGGAAAAGCAGACUUCUGCAGGAACAGUUGAGAAGGAAGAUUUUUGUUUGUUUAUUGACAAGACUACAGGGCAAUUUCUGUGCAAGGAGACCUUGGUGGAAGGCAGUUGGCAGGAUUUACAAGAUUGCAUUGAAGUGAUGCAGAAGGAAGGACAGCAGUAUUUGAGACCUGAUAUUGUUCUGAACUAUCCAGAGAGUGACUCUGAGUUGGAGGAGAUUGAGAUGGACAAGCAGGAGAUGCAUCGAAUAUGGAGCAAAGCCUCCUUAUUUUCUGACUUAGAGGAGGAGGAAAUACAUCUUAUUAAAGUCAUGUUUGGCUGUUCAAAGAUAUCAAAUGCUACACUAAAGAAGUAUGGAGUAAAGUAUUUCAAGCCCACUAAGAGUUUGGUAUUCCCCUGGUAUAAUACCAGAGAUAAGACUCUGAAGGGAUUUAAGUUAAUUUCACCUCAUAAGAAAAAGGAACAUGUCCAUUACACAGAAGCUGCAUUUCCCAGGUCAAGUAGCUAUAGCAGCCUAUUUGGUUUAAAUAUGAUAGCAAGAAAAGAUGCAGAAUUGGUUCUUACAAGCAAAGAAAUUGAUUGCCUUGCAGUAAACCAAGCUACUGGACAGCCUGCACUGGCUUUACCCCGUGGAGUAAGUUGUUUGCCCCCAGUUCUCCUUCCUUUCUUGGAACAAUUCAAAAGGAUUACACUGUGGUUAGGGAGUGAUCUUCAUUCCUGGGAAGCUUCAAAGAUUUUUGCCAGGAAGCUGAACUUGAAACGAUGCUCUCUUGUCAGACCUGGAGAUAACCAACCAUGUCCCAGUGAGGCUUUAAGUAGUGGCUUGAAUAUCAGUAAAAUUCUCAAAUCUGCCAUUCCUGCUGGCCAUAAGUCAAUAAUUUCAUUUCGCAGUUUGAGAGAAGAUGUUUUUGGGGAGCUAGCUAACAGGGACCAGGUAGCAGGGGUAAAAUGGACCCGUUUUCCUGAACUGAACAAGCUCCUUAAAGGACAUCGAAAAGGGGAGUUAACAGUAUUCACUGGUCCAACUGGGAGCGGAAAGACCACAUUCAUUAGUGAGUAUGCACUGGACUUGUGUAUCCAAGGUGUUAACACAUUGUGGGGCAGCUUUGAGAUCAACAAUGUUCGCCUUGCCAAAAUUAUGCUGACACAGUUUGCGAUGCAACAUCUUGAGGAGCAACUGGAGAAGUUUGAUGAAUGGGCCGACAAGUUUGAGGAGCUCCCACUUUAUUUCUUAACUUUUCAUGGACAGCAGAACAUCAAGACAGUUAUUGACACAAUGCAGCAUGCGGUGUACAUGUAUGACAUCAGUCAUGUUGUGAUCGAUAAUCUGCAAUUUAUGAUGGGUCAGGAGCAGCUUUCUGUUGACAAGUUAGCGGUGCAGGAUUACAUCAUUGGCACUUUCAGAAAGUUUGCUACAGAUAAUAGCUGUCACGUGACUCUGGUUAUUCAUCCAAGAAAAGAGGAAGAUGACAAGGAUCUUCAGACAGCAUCCAUUUUUGGAACUGCAAAGGCCAGCCAGGAAGCUGAUAAUGUUCUUAUCCUGCAGGAUAGAAAGCUGUUGACAGGGCCAGGAAAACGUUCCCUACAAGUUGCAAAGAACCGGUUUGAUGGAGAUGUUGGAAUCAUUGCUCUAGAAUUCAACAAAGAUUCACUGACUUUCGGCUCUCCCAAGGGCAAACCCAAAUUGAAGAAGGUCAAAGAGGAUAAUGCUGUGCAGCUUAAGAAUCCGGAAGAAGAGAAAGAGAAGAAAAAAAAGAAACGAGUCUUGCCUGAGCCCACUAAUACCGCUGUGAAUUAGAAAGUGUGCAGCUGCAGUUUAGCAUACUGGUAAAAAGUCUGGGCUAGAACCACUAGGGGAUACUGAGUUAAUAAUUUUUACUCUAAGCUUGUGCUAGUUGUCCAGACAAAGGGAGUUGAGAAUUUGUAUCACAAAUUUAUUGUGUAUGAGCACUGAAGUAACUGCCCUAAUUAUAACUGUGGGGAAUGACUUAGAUGCUGCAACAAUAUGCUAAAGUUUUCUGAAGCAUUUAAUUGCAAAACACAUACAUGAUAAUUUUUUUAAAAAAUGUAGAAAUCACAGAUUUAUUAUGUGAUGCUGUCUGUUAGCUCCUUCAUAUGGGUUGAAAUGGGCCAACAAGCUGAAAAUGUAUGACAUGUCUGCACUUUUAGGAGCUCGUUGGAGAAAGCAGAAUAAUGAAUUCCUCACAUAAUGUGCUUUUCAGUAAGAGCCUAAAUGGUAAUCCUGGGUAAGUGAGUGAAUGGAAUAAGAUCUUGGUGCACUAUAAAUGUAUGUAAAUAUGUCGUACAGUGAGAGGACAGAAAUGAAAGUCAGAAUGAGAAAUGUAUUAAUCUUCUCAUCGCUAAACAGGCAAGAUUCAAGACUGAAAUCUGGGCUGAGAAUCUGAUAUACAGAAUUUGUGUGUCUACACUUCUGUGGCUGCUAUGUAGCAAAGUCUUGACACCCCCAGGUUAGUAAGCAGCAAAUGGAGGCAGCAUUGUACUUCCUCUAAAUUUGGAUUUGCUUCUGAUAACACUAACAUGCACAUUGUCUGGUUAUGAGCGAGUCCUUUAACUGUACUAAAAGUUCCUGAAACUAGACUGAGUUAUCUUUGCUGUUUUUUUACCUUUGAUUUUAAGCUGUGAAUUUGUAGUGUUGAGCAGCAUUUAGCAGAUGACAGCAGUGUUGAAGGCUCACUUGUUAGCCAAGUGAGUGCAGAAGUCCCAGAACUCGAAAGUCACAUCAGUUUUUUUUUUAUCUGGUAGAGGUAGAGGAAAUUGAAACCAUGAGAUUAUCCUUUGCCAACAUUAUUGCAGACUGUAACACAUUUGAUACAAUGUUAGAUUGUGGUAUUUAUUCAUAUUUGACUACUUGAGAAUGUAAGCUACCUGUUACUAUUUUUGUAAUCUUUGCCAGCUAUGUAAAUGCAUUCAUUUGCCUUCUGUUAAGGGCAUUAUAUGUGUAUUCCAGCAGGUUGUUUUUUGUUACUAAAUUUGCACCUUUUAACUAAA